AAGGGGAAAAAAAAGAAGAGAGAGAGAGAGAGGAAAAUGUGGGAAAGCGGUGAAGAGAAAAGUUCCUCGAGAGUGGAGAGUCCCAGAUUACUUUCCCUUUUAUCUGUGUAGCAAACAAUAGAUAGCAGUUGCUUUGCUCUCUGUUUAAUCUUAGAUUUUAACUCCCACAACACGACACCAUUUUCGAUCUGACUGAUAUUGUCUUUUUUCAUCUACAAAAAAACACGCACUCAUUUAUCUCCUGUCGCUAUCUCUUAUGAUCAAAAGUACAAGGAUAUUUUGAGGCGGUGGACUGAAUACAAAGCCCAAUUUGUAGACUGACUUAUUUCUGAUUAAGACUUUUAAUUUCAGAACUGCUGCAAUUUUUUUACAGGCAUUUAAGUGGGUGACCUUCUAUUGGUAAAUGAUCUGAAAAAGGAGGUUUUUUUUAAAAUGGCUAUGGUUAGCAAAACCAGAACUAUGCUGGAGGGUCUGGUUAAAGAUGGGUCAUUUAAAUGGUUGACAAAAAACCCGAGUUCACUUGAUGAAGAUUUAGAGGAGAUGGGGUCUUCAUCCACUGGCAAGAACUGGUUGCCUGAGCUAUCUCCUGUUGCAAAUGUCGUUAUCCGGAAAUGCUCAAAAAUCCUUGAUAUUUCCAUGAGUCAACUUCAAGAAAACUUUGAUGCAGAGGCUUCUGAUUCCAUAAAGCAUACUCAGUAUGCUAGGAACUUCUUGGAAUACUGUUGCUUCAGGGCUCUUGCCUUGUCUAUACAAGUAAAUGGUUACCUAGGCGACAAACUGUUUCGGCGCCUUACAUUUGACAUGAUGGUUGCAUGGGAGUUUCCAGCAGCUUCUAGCCAGCCUUUCGCCAGUAUGGAUGAAGAUGUCACUGCUGGCUCAGAGGCUUUUUCCCGUAUUGCUUCAGCAGUUCCUAUAAUUGCCAAUGUGAUAGUUACUGAUAGCAUUUUCGGUGUGCUUACGUCGUCAACAGGUGGUCGACUUCUUUUCUCAGUUUAUGAUAAGUACCUGACUAAUUUGGAAAGGGCUAUUAAAAAAUUUAAGACCCAAUCUGAGUCGUCCCAUCUUUCUGCCUUACGUGCAGCAAGAGGGGAGAAAAUUCUGGAGCUGGAUGGCACUGUGACAACCCAGCCGGUGCUUGAACACGUGGGAAUUUCGGCAUGGCCCGGUCGGCUGACUUUGACAGAUCAUGCUGUCUACUUUGAGGCACUUCGUGUUGUGUCUUACGACAAGGCAAAGAUAUAUGAUCUGUCAGAUGAUCUAAACCAGAUUGUUAAACCGGAGCUAACUGGACCAUGGGGCACAAGACUCUUUGAUAAAGCAGUCUUGUAUAAAUCAGUUUCCUUGUCAGAACCUGUUAUAAUGGAGUUUCCUGAGCUUAAAGGACAUACACGUCGUGACUAUUGGUUAGCAAUUAUUCGGGAAGUUCUACAUGUGCAUCAGUUCAUACUUAUGUUCCAGAUUACUGGAAUAGAGCGUGAUGAGGCGCUUCUGAAAGCUAUAUUUGGUAUAUUGCGAGUACAAGCCCUGAAGGAUAUGAGCGCUAAACAACCACUUUGUUAUGAGGAUCUUCUUAUGUUCAAUGUAUGUGAUCAGCUUCCCGGGGGAGACCUUAUAUUAGAAACAAUUGCAAAUAGGUCAACUGUAAGGGAAUCGGCGCGGACAAACUCUCCCAAACCUAAAAACAGAAUGUACUCAAUUUCGGCUUCAGCCUUGGCUUCCAACCUGGGUUUUGUUUUCGGAACAAGUUCUCAUGUCCCUAAUGAGACAGGAAUUGUUGUGGGUGAAAUUGCUGUGGGGGAGAUGACUCCCUUGGAAAAAGCAGUUAAGGAAUCCAGAAGCAACUAUAAAAAAGUAGUGCAAGCACAAGCUACGGUUGAUGGAGUGAAAGUUGAUGGUCUUGACACCAACUUGGCAGUGAUGAAGGAGUUGCUCUCUCCUAUGAUGCAGCUUGGAAAUUGGAUUCUUCUUCUAGCUUACUGGGAGGACCCUUUUAAGUCCAUGAUUUUCUGCUCGGUUUUCUCAUACAUUAU